AUGAUGCAGCAGCCUCAGGCGCACGCGUCGGCACUUGCGGUGGCGCCGACGGUGGCUCACCCGCAGGAUCCGGCGGGCGGGGACGCGCCGCCGAAGCAGGUGGCUCAGGCGAUGGAGCGGCUGGGCCGUGCGGGCCGGCUCAUCGCGGACAUCCGGCUCGGCGCGGACCGCCUCCUCGAGGCCCUCUUCGUCGCCGGCGGCGCUCCCCCGUACAGUGUGCACCAGCACGUCGACAGGAUGGAGCGCGUUAUCGUCAAGGAGGAGGCCGCCAUGCGCCUCCACUUCCAGGACCUCCGCGCCCACGGCAGGCAAUUAGAGGAGUCUGGAGUCCUUAAUGGGGCCCUUAAAGCUCAAGGCAAUUCAUGGGGAUUGCACAUGCCACUCGUUUGUCCAGAUGGUGCUGUUGUAGCUUAUGCUUGGAAGCGUCAACUGGCAGGUCAGGCUGGUGCAUCUGCUGUGGACAGGACUAGGUUAGCUCUCAAGGCCUUCACUGACCAGAAAAGAAGAUUCUUUCCUCAUCUAGAAGACGAAGUCCUUAGCCAUCUCCAUGAUGGUGAACCUGGUGUCACCAAAAAGCCAAAGUUGAUUGCCAGCAACGGAGAUCUAGAGGAAAAAUCUUUAUCUGAAAUACUGAAAAAAUUAGAAAAUGAAGUACCUAACAUGAAAAUAUUCACAUACUGGCAUCUGGAUUGGUCAAAAAGAGCUUCAUCAUUAGCAUCUCUGAUGGAUGAUGACUUUGUGGAUCCAUCUAAAGAGCUGAACCUGCAAAAUAUGGGCAAAUCGAGAUCUGGUGUUCUGACAACUCCCAUAGACAAAGUUGCAGUAAUUGAAUUGCUGGUUCCUUCAAUAUUUAGAGCUGUAGUGUCAUUGCAUCCUGCUGGAUCUACUGAUCCUGAUGCAGUGGCAUUCUUCUCUCCCACUGAGGGAGGAAGCUAUCUUCAUGCGAGAGGCACACCGGUGCAUCAUGUGUUUAAGCAUGUAAAGGAGCAUGCUGACAAGGCCUUGCAGUACUUCAUCAGUGUGGAGCCGAGUAAAGCACUUUCUCUGCUUUUGCGGUGGAUUGCCAGCUAUCAGACUCUGUUUACAAAGCAAAUGCGGACGGCUUCUGAUGAUGGACAAGUCAUUGGCUUUGCUAUUGCCUCCCGUCCACCGCCCCUAUCACCAGACUUCUAA